CCGGGGUCCUUCCUCUCCUCGUCAAUCUGAGGGUCAUGUACAAAAUCGAAUAGCGAUCUUGUGCUCGAAAAUAAGUCCUGCUUUAACUCGGUGGAUUGAGUGGUACGUUGUUUGAAGAUAUGAUGGGCGGCAGGACGAGUGCGAUAGCGGCAGGAGUCGGAGCGGCGCUUUUUGUCGGUUACUGUAUUUAUUUCGACAGGAAGCGAAGGAGCGACCCAAACUUCAAGAACAAGCUGAGAGAACGAAGAAGGAAGCAGAAAGCAGCACAGGAGAAAGCAGGACUUUCGAGGCUACCAGAUUUGAAGGAUGCUGAAGCUGUUCAGAAGUUCUUCCUGGAGGAGAUUCAGCUGGGAGAAGAGCUGCUGGCGCAGGGAGACUAUGAGAAAGGAGUGGACCACCUGACCAACGCUAUAGCAGUGUGUGGUCAGCCUCAGCAGCUCCUCCAGGUGUUGCAGCAGACUCUGCCUCCACCCGUCUUCCAGAUGCUCCUCACCAAAUUGCCCACCAUCAGCCAGCGCAUCGUCAGUGCACAGAGCUUGAGCGAUGACGACAUUGAAUAAGACGAGGCCCUUUCAAACACGUGACCCGCCCUCAGAGCAACCUUCUCCCAGCAGUUUCACUCCUCUGUGUUUAAAUGAUUUUCUUUCUGUCCAUCAUGUAAAACUGCCCUCAAUCCCUUCACAGAAACUAUGAAAAGAUUUUCCUAAAAUGCAACAUGAGCCUGUAACUGAUGUCUUUCGGUGUUAACAUUUACCUGUGUUUUAUUGGAUAAAGUGAUUUUUGAGGUUUGUGCUGUCCACACCCAGCAGUUAUUGUUUUUGAAUGUCGUCAUAAAAAUGGAUGAGAACGAAGCAUGACUUCUUUUAGGCAAGAAGUGCGCAUUCAUAGACGUUCCUUUGACACGGACAAAGUUUACAUGACCUGUCUCAGUCCCAUAAUCCCCGUGCAUGGCACGUUUAUGCUAAUACUCCACUUCUGAAGUAUGUGUAGGAUAAAAUGAGCAGGUUAGCAAAGCUCGGUCCUCUGAUCGGAGUUUGAUGUUCAUCAAGAAUUGAUGAAAGAAAAAGAAAGCAGCGGACUGAACUCCGAAUAGAGCACAGGAACCAAGUAAAAAGCUGCAAGAGGCUUUUAACACUCAGUGGAGUGGAGUGGAGUGGGUCUCGAACUCAACCUCAGCUAGACAGGCUACGUUCUUUAACAUGAGCUCCAAAUGGAUGUGGAAUGGUACUCGUACUGGAUCAUUCAUCUUCAAUAUUUUGGUUAGGGUCUUUUUGGUUUAAAUGAAUUGUUUUGUCAUGUUUUUUGGUAAAAUUGACCCAACUAAGUGAAGUACAAACAGGCUGGGAUUGAUUAAACACAAACCCCUUAAUCAAAAUGUCCAACCUCCGACUGGGACAAAACGCCCUCUCGACUUGGAAUUCCGACAAGGAAAUUGUUUCUUCAACCCUGAAUUCAACUCAUGGCAGUAUGGCUGAUCACACAAUCAAUCAUCGAUUAAAUAAAAUAAUUUAAAGGAGUUAACAGUAGUAUUUACUUUAGAUCAUUCAGCGUAGACACAUUAUGGUCCGUGUUAGAGUUAACCAAUUACAGUCUGCUGUUUUGAGAAAAUACAUCAAGCUCGCAUCAAGGCAUUCAUGGAUUUUCCCAGCUUGGGAAGGAAAAAAAAAAAAAAAUCCUGCGCACACCUCUAGACUGAACUACUAAGCUCAAUUGAUGCACUGGGAGACUAGCGCUGAGCUCAACACUAUUUAAUUUAACUCUAUUUGCAGUGAAUCGCUAGAAAUCUACAGUGAAUGAAUUCAGCUUUGUAGUGCAGACCCAUGUCGAUAGAGUAAAAAAGUUUUAUUCUUUUUUUUUAUAAUACACUGUAGGUUUUAUGUAUUAUUUGUCCGACACUGCGGUACCUUUUGAAGGUGUUUGAGGUCAUUAAAAUAAUGGAGUCUUUUUUUUUAACAAAUGUCUCUGUAAUUACCUUUCAGUCCAACUCUGAUCACAAUGUAACACCAUUAAAGAAAAUUAAAUAUGAA